AUAUCUCGUUUGUCCUUCAGUUUGCAGUGCCACGAUCCCUCGUGCGACGCGGCGCAUCUAUGCCAAACUGAGACCAACGUAGCAUUGCUAAAAUUGUAAAACGGAGGUUUCAAAGAAAGCAUAGCCGGGAAGAGUGAAGCAGAAACAACAGCAAAGAAAGGAGCAGGGAUGCUGCGACUACAGUCCCUAUCUUCGCCACUAGCUUCUACGCAAAACCCUAAACUCCACUUUAACCCUUCACUUUCAACCAAACGCAUCGCUUUUAACCCAAGCAUCUCCACCAAGAAACUCUCCCUGAACUGCCGCCACUCCCAGGACUUCGAACGGCCGAGGUCCGCCACGGCGUCCGCUUCAAACAACUCCCUUGCUUCAGAGACUUCCGGAGGAGUUCGCUUUGUGUGUAUAGCGGGACCAUUCCCGCCCAGGUAUUUUGUGGGUCACUCAAUAUACAAAGGGAAGGCAGUCCUUACGGUAGAGCCCAGAGCUCCCGAGUUCACGCCUUUGGAUUCAGGGUCACUCAAACUCUCCAAGGAAGGUUUUGUGCUGCUUCAGUUUGCUCCUGCAGCGGCUGUUCGGCAAUAUGAUUGGAACAGAAAGCAGGUAUUCUCACUAUCAGUGAUGGAAAUUGGAACUCUUGUUAGCCUUGGCACUAGGGAUUCGUGUGAAUUUUUUCAUGAUCCUUUUAAGGGAAAAAGUGAUGAGGGAAAGGUCAGGAAGGUGUUGAAAGUGGAGCCUCUUCCUGACGGUUCUGGCCAUUUCUUUAACCUUAGUGUUCAGAACAAUAUUUUAAAUGUGGAUGAGAGCAUUUAUAUUCCUAUUACCAGAGCAGAGUUCACUGUCCUCAACUCAGCUUUUAAUUUUAUCUUGCCAUACCUUUUAGGCUGGCACGCUUAUGCAAAUUCAAUAAAGCCAGAUGAUACCAGCCGUGUGAAUAGUGCUAGUUCCAGAUAUGGGGGAGACUAUGAGUGGAGCAGAUAGUGGAUAUUGCGGAGUUUUAUAAAACAUGGUGCAGAAGCCUGUUAAUUUCAGACCUUUAUGUUUUUUGGGUGAUCAUCCUCAUGUUAGAUGAAUUGAUCUGAGACAUUGGUGGGUUCCCUACCCCCAGGUUGGACGGAGGACAGAAAUGAUAUUGAAUCAACAAAAAAUGCAUUUCUUAAUAGUGUAAUUACAGGGAUCAACAGGUAGAAAAGUUUUGAAUGUUAAGAGCUCUAUUGGAAUUGGAUUAAUUCAUGAUCAAGUAAGUACAAGUUCGGAUUACAUCA